CCAUAAACCCCUAAUUUUCUCUUCAAACUCCCUCCUCUUCUCAGUAUUGUGCCACCGCCGCCGUCGUCAUCUCGCAAUCUCUGUUUCUUUGCUACAGGAAGGAGAACUAACUUCUAAUUGAGAAGAAAAAUGUCAGCUGAUGAAGGUGCCGUUGUGGUUGAGGCUCCCGCCCCAGCGCUAGGUGAGCCGAUGGACAUUGAGACUGCUUUGCAGCUUGUUCUUAGAAAGUCAUUGGCUCAUGGUGGGCUUGUUCGCGGCCUACACGAGAGUGCUAAAGCUAUUGAGAAGCAUGCUGCUCAGCUCUGUGUCUUGGGAGAAGACUGCAAUCAGCCUGAUUAUAUCAAACUAGUCAAAGCACUUUGUGCCGAGCACAACGUCAACUUGAUGACAGUUCCUAGUGCAAAAACCCUUGGCGAGUGGGCUGGUCUAUGCAAGAUUGAUUCUGAAGGAAAGGCAAGGAAAGUUGUUGGUUGCUCUUGUGUGGUAGUUAAGGACUUUGGGGAGGAUCAUGAGGCACUUCACAUUGUCCAGAAGCAUGUGAGUUCAAAUUGAUUAACUCAACGACGUCUGCCGAGACUACAGUUGUUGGUCUCACUUAGAGAGUUUUUGAUCGGUAGUUAUGUUUAGAUUUGGCGCACUGUUUUGUUUCUUAACACCCUAUAAUGUCUUCUUUGUUUAUCAAUUGGAAAGACUGGUUUUAUCCUCCGAGUCCAUUGAUGUGGAGCUCAUAAUCAUUCCGGCAAACAGGAACAAUUUGUUCAUCAAGAGGCUCCUUGCCAAGUAAAAUCUGGAAUUGGUAUUUAUCAUCUCUUUAUGCUGAA